AUGCACAAACAGUACUUUGUCCAGACGCCGCCAUCAGUGGCAGACAACCCGUACAGGGCCUCGCCGCUGCCGGGCAUCCUCGAUGCGGUCCUGCCGGCCGACAAAGCGGUGACAGCCCACGCCUGGCUUGACGCCCUCGCUGCCCGCUGUGCCCGCCCGGGUGGCGAGUACGCAGUGGCGGCCGAUCAUCUGGCUACCGUGGCCGAGGCCGGUGCCUUGCCGCGCCUGGUCCGCGCUGACGGCUUUGGCACCGACGCAUCGGCUGUCGCUGUCGAUCCGGCGUGGGAGCUGCUCUCGGCGGCUGCCCGUGACGAGGGCCUCAUCGCCACGGGCUACGGGCCUGGCCGCGCUGUCUUUGGCCGCCACGCCCGCGUGGUCCAAGCUGCCAUGCUGUAUGUCUUUGCGCCGGCAUCGGGCAUGGUCUCGUGCCCACUGGCCAUGUCCGAUGGCGCGGCGCGGCUGGCCGAGACGCUGCUGGCCGAUCCGGCUGGUUUCGGCCUCACAGGCGCCGCCGAGGACGAGCUGCACCAGGCGUACGAGGCGUUGCUCGGCCCAGGCGAUGGCGGCGCCAGUGCCGGCCAGUGGAUGACCGAGCGGACCGGUGGAUCCGACGUGCGCGCGUGCGAGACCGUGGCCGUCGCCCUCGACGACGCCGGGCACUACGCGCUGCACGGCUACAAGUUCUUCACCUCGGCAGCGACUGCCGAGCUGGCGUUUACCCUCGGCCACAUUGUGGACGACGCCGCCGACGAUCCGCACGCGGCGCAGCCGGCCGGUGCCCGCCCGCCGCAGCCGUCGCUCUUCCUUGUGGCCGUCGACGCGAAAGCGAACAUCGCUAACGGCUCCCUCCGGGUGGCUCGGCUCAAGGAGAAGUUUGGCACCAAGUCGCUGCCGACAGCCGAGCUGGAGCUCCGCGGCCUACGGGCGACGCUCAUUGGCAGGCCCGGUCACGGCAUCAAGCUCAUCUCGCUCCUAUUCAACCUCACCCGGAUCCACGCCCUCAUCGGCUCGACUUCGGGACUUGCCUACCUCAACGCCGUCCUUCUCGACUACUCGACCAAGCGACGCGCGUUUGGCAAGACGCUGCUGCAGCAUGACCUGCAUGUUGUCACACUCUCGCGCAACCUGGCUGUGUCGUCGGCGCUCUCGCUCCUCACCGUCUUUGUGAGCGAUCUCCUCGGCGCGGUCGAGGUCGACGCGCUCCCGCUGCCGGCAGACGAUGCCAGCUCGUGGCUCCUGCCGCGCCUGGAUGCUGAGUCUGGCGAGGACCUGCUACGCAUUGUCACCCCGCUGUGCAAGAUGUACGGCGCCCGCCUCGCCAACGCCGGCAUGCUCGACGCGCUCGAGGGCAUGGGCGGCGCCGGGUACAUGGAGGACACCGGCCUGCCGCGGGUCUUCCGCGACAACUUUGUCAAUGCCAUUUGGGAGGGCACCUCGAACGUCCUCGCCCUCGACACGCUGCGUGUGCUGACCAAGAACCCCGCCGUCCUCCCGCUCCUGGCCGCACAGAUCGAGUGGCUGGCCGGCAAGGUUGCCACCGCAUCGCCAGCCCCGGCCUCCGCCACCGAUCUCGCCCCACUCGCCGCCCUCGUCACUGCUGCCGCCAACAAGCUGGUCAGUCUCGGCGCUUCCCUCACGCCACCCGACUCUCGUCUCUUUUCCUUUGGCCUUGCCCGCACUCUCCUGGCUGGCCUCCUUCUCCACCACGCCGCCACCACCGAUGCACCCGCCGAUGCCGCCGCCGCCUACACCUUUAUUGCCGACGAGCCACUUCUCCCCUACGGUUUGACCAACGCCUCUAUGCGUGGCGCAGCCGGCACUUCCCGAGCCCAGUCGAUGGUGUCUCGCCUGCCGCCAGCGUGCUCGUGCGCCGGGUGCGCGGCGGAGAGCCUGCAGGGCCCACACAUGUUUGAUGCCAACAUGUUUUCCAUCUUUGACGACCUGCGGGCCAACGCGGACGUGGUGGCUGCCGAGCUGGCGAGUGUGAUGCGGCCCGAGGCGGCCGAUCCCGUCUUUGCCCUCGAUGGCAACUACUCGGGCUGGGCCGGCGAUGAGUCGUUCAAGUCGAUUGCCGACGCCGUGGCAGUCCAAGGCGGCUGGGCCUCGUGGUGGAACAACGUGGCGCCCGACGAGACCAACCCGGACUGGCUCGCCUACGGCUUUAUUCCGGCUCACGGCGAGCGCGUCGAGGCAAACUGUGCCGCCUGCCCGCGCACCGCCGCCAUGCUUGACCGCAUCCCCUCCAUCCGCGUCGCAGGCUUCUCGCGCCUCCGCCCGCGGACGCAGAUCAAGCCGCACGUCGGCUUUACCGGCCUCCGCUUUGGCUCGCUCGCCUUCCACAUGUCCAUCGUCGUGCCAGAGCCGGAUUCGGCCGCCAUCGCCGACCCGCUUGCCGACCAGUACCGCGCAGACGGCUCGCUCGUCGCCACCGGCCUCCGCGUCGGCCCGCUGCUCCACGAGUGGCGCGCCGUCGGCGACGCCGUCGUUUUCGACGACACCUACCGCCACUCGGCCUGGAACUGGGCGGCCUCUGACCGCGUCAUUCUGUACAUCGACUUUGCCGUCAAUCCCAUGGUCGAUCUCCCGCUGCCCAUCGACGCACUCCUCUCGCUGCUCAUCAUGGAGGACCUGGUCACUGCAGACGACUCUGGCGACGACGCCAUCGUCGACGCCGUCGCCGUCACUCCGCCAUCGGUCUCGUCGUCCGACGACGACCAGAGCGGCUCUGAGAGCGACGAUCUUGCCGAGUACAUGUAG